UGAUCGUAGGAAGAGGCUAAUUAUAGCAAUGGAUGCAGCCUUUGGUAUGGAAUAUUUACAUGGGAAGAAUAUUGUCCACUUUGAUUUAAAAUCUCACAACUUCCUUGUGAAUAUGAGGGACCCUCAUCGACCAGUGUGUGAGAUUGGUGAUCUGGGCUUAUCGAAAAUUAAACAAAGGACGCUUGUAUCUGGUCGGGUACGAGGAACUAUACCAUGGCUGGCUCCAGAGCUUUUGAAUAGCGACGGCAGAAUGGUUACCGGAAAGCAUUUUAUGUUGAUGUCUACUCAUUUGGAAUAGUCGUGGGAAAUCUUGACGGGGGAGGAACCCUAUGCAAACGUGCUUUCAGAGGAAAUAAUAGGUAACUUUUUAAUUCAAAAAUGAAAGUGGAUAUCUGUAACUCUUAUUUUUUAACCAUAAUUGAGAUGCUUAAUUUUCAAUAACUUUUAGCUAU